AUGCAUAGUAUGGACAUAUCUGAGGCGCCGACGACAUCGGCAUGGAGCGACGUCGUCGAGGACGCAUCGGACCCCGCGCGCGUGCCUGCGACAGCAGCUGUGGAUUCCAGGGACACCCUGCGAGCGGCGCUGUCGGCUGACCCUUCUGUUGGCUACCGGCGAGAUUCCUCCACAUUAAAAUUCACCACUAACGAGGUGCGUCGUGGUUGGGGACACGCUGCCAGCUGCCUGAUGAGUGGGUGUGCCUGUGCAGGCCAGUACGCGGUGGAGCGGCUGGACGAGGUGAUGGUGUCGCUGGGCCGGCACGGGCGGCUGGCGCGCUUCUCGGGGCUGGUGGGCCACCCCGACCUCGUCUUCCUGUUCGACGCGCGGCUGGUGGCGCAAGUGCUGCGCAGGGAGGACGCCUGCCCCCAUCGGCCCGCCAUGCCCUCCAUACAGCACUACAAGGCGCGCAUGCGCAGACACUUCUUCGGAGAGACACCGGGGCUCAUCGGAGUGCACGGAGAGCCGUGGGAGCGCUUCCGGGCGCAGGUGCAGCAGCCGCUGCUGGAGGCGGGAGCCGCCAGACGUUACGUGCCCGCGCUGCAGCAAGUGGCUGACGACUUCUUGCACAGGGUACAUGAAAUGAGGGAUGAAAAUCAGGAGUUACCAACUGAUUUCAUUGAUGAGCUUUAUACCUGGGCCCUGGAAUCUGUGGCGCGCGUGGCGCUGGACCGCCGAUUGGGCUGCCUGUCUGCGGAAGCCGCGAGCCGCGAGGAACCGCGCGCCAUCCUGGCUGCCAUCAAGGACUUCUUCCCGCUGGUGGCGCACGUCGAGCUGCGGCUGCCGCUCUGGAGGCUCGUCGCCACGCCCGCCUUCAACCGCUACAUCGCCGCCCUCGACACCUUCACACGUGUGUGUCUGAAAUAUAUAAACGAGGCUAUAGAGAGGGUAAGGGACACGCCCAGCAGUGAAGACAGAGCCGAUGGAGAGAAGUCCAUUAUCGAGAAAAUACUGGAGAAGACGUCAGAUCCGAAAGUGGCUGCCAUCCUGGCGCUGGAUAUGCUUCUCGUCGGCGUCGAUACUACGUCCGUGGCGGCGGCGUCGACUCUGUACCAGCUGUCCCGCAACCCGGAGAAGCAGGCGGCGCUGCUGCAGGAGCUGCGGCGCGCGCUGCCCACGCCGCGCUCCCCGCUCUCCGCCGCACACCUCGAGGGCCUGCCCUACCUCAAGGCCUGCAUCAAGGAGACGCUCAGAAUGUAUCCAGUUAUAAUCGGAAAUGGCAGAUGUCUUCAGUCUGAUGCUGUGAUCGACGAUUACCACAUACCUAAAGGGACACAUGUGAUCUUCCCACACCUGUGCCUGGGCCGCUCGGAGCGCUACUUCCCACGGCCGGCCGCCUUCCUGCCAGAGCGCUGGACGGCAGCAUGGCCAGGGGGCCGGCUGCCAGACCACCAGCAUGCCUCACUGCCCUUCGGCCACGGGCGCCGCAUGUGUGUCGGCAGACGAUUUGCUGAGGCCGAGCUGCAGAUACUCAUCGCCAAGAUUGUACGCAGGUACCAGGUUGAAUAUCAUUAUGGUGAAAUGAAAUACAAAGUGCAUCCAACAUAUGUACCUGAGAGCCCACUCAAGUUCAGACUGGUGUCAAGGUCAAACUAGAAACUUCUCUGCUACAAGAUGUAUUUCACGUACAAUGGUCACAAACAGCAUAUGCUAAUAUUACAUCAGUAAUACCUAUUUUAAAAUUGCUGGUCAAUAUAUCUAAGACUAGUAGCAAAAAUGCAAUGAUCUGACAUACUGUGUUGUUGCUAUCAUUAAUAACAGUAUGCAUAUCAAG